AGACAGUCUGCCAUAAUCUCGCUACACGCCUCUAAAGAAUACAAUCUGCAGAUUUCAAGAUGCCUAUCGAUCUUUAUCAACGUACCGGAAGUCCGCCAUGUCGAGCCGUGCUCUUGGCGGCGGCGGCCUUAGAAGUGGAUUUAAAUCUAAAAGACAUUGAUCUUCGUAGCGGCGAACACUUAAAACCUGAAUUUUUAAAGAUGAACCCACAACAUACAAUACCUACACUGAAUGACAAUGGCUUUUAUUUGGGUGAAAGUCGUGCGAUUAUGACCUACCUGGCCAAUCAAUAUGGCAAGAAAGAUUCUCUCUAUCCAAAAGAUCCAAAGAAACGAGCUUUAGUUGAUCAGAGACUAUACUUCGAUAUAGGAACACUAUAUAAAUCAUUCUCCGACUUUUAUUUUCCGAUAAUGUUCUCCGGCGCCACUGCGACGCAAGCAACAUACGAUAAGAUGACCAACGCAUUGUCUGUUUUCGAUAAAUUCCUAGAAGGAGAAAAUUAUGCAGCGGGAAAAACUCUAACUCUCGCUGAUCUUGCCUUGGUCGUCACUAUUUCUAAUUUUAAGCUUAUGGACUAUGACUUGAGUAAAUUUAACAACAUUCUAAGAUGGUAUACCAAGAUCAAAGCUGAAGCUCCUAAAUAUAAUGAAAUUGAAGGUGUCAACAUGAAAGCAUUCGCAGACUUCGUCGAACCUUUUAAGAAAAAAUUUGUGAUAUCGUAAUAUCGCAUUUAUUUAACAGUUGUAUUGGUGUUUUAACAUUUUUACAGUAAUUUGAUUUCCAAUAUUUUUAUAUGCUAUAGAGU